AUGGAGCUUGCGGGAGUGGAUGCGGUGUGCAUCAUCUUUCUCCAAGGGAUCACUGCGGUAGCGUUGUGCGCGGUUGUGGUGCAAUCUCUAUGCAAGGGUCAACUCCCCAACAUGGUCGUUAAGAUGCAGUACGGCUUCUGCAGUCUCCGAGACCACUGGACUCAGGUUGCGAAGCCCAAGCCAGGCAACGCACGUGUGCAGGCGAAGUUUGUCGCCACUUUGUGCAGUCUUCUCACCAACAUCGCCAGGAUUUCAGCAGUCGCCCUUUUUCUGCGACUGCUGGCUAUUCAGGGCCCACUGAUGAGAAAUCAGCCUCAUCAGCUGCAGCCUUCACUGGACAUCUCAAACCUCAUCUCAUAUCCCAUCAUGUUCUUUCUGGCCGUGUUCCACGACAAGGUCAUCUCCGGCAGAACAUUGGAUGUUUGGUAUGUCCUGCUGCAAGCGUUGUGUGUGAUUCCUUUGCUCUCCACCGCGCCACAGGAUGUUACCAGUGUCUCCCUGAUCACUUUGCUUUCUCGCGUUACGUUGGGUUUGUGCCCCACGCGUGGGUGGCUUCCAUUUGUUGGGAACGUGGUUCACUGGAUCUUGGCUGUGAAGCAGGUGCAGUUCCAAUUGCAAAGCGACGUCUUUCUCGCACAGUCAGCUGAACUCGUUCUGCUAUUCUCCGGCGUGUUCCCCCUCAGGCACGCAUUGUAUGAAAACGUCAGGAUGAGUUUUGAGCUGAACACACGCACCAUUGAGCUCUCAGCGGUGUCGGGACUGCUUCUGGGAUACUGUGAUGCAGUGGUCGAAGUUGAUAGCGGGCUGAAACUCACGGACGACUCUCGGCAGUUGUCCACAUUGCUUCUGCACGGGCAUGGCAUAUCUGCUGGAAGUUUGGCUGGCCACGACUUCCUCAGCUUUUUCCAUAUGGACGACAGGGAACACAUCAGCGUGUCAUUGGGUGCGAAAAACCAGAACACGCAAGCCUUGGCUCUCAAUGCCCGGAUGCAGGAUUGCUUGGGCAACUUCGUGAAAGUGGAGAUCUUAUUUACAUCCUUCCAGAAUGCAGACGGCGAAGAGUGUCGCUUGGUCGGAAUGCGUGAAUUCCAGGACUUCAGCUCCGUGGCUGUGCCGCUUCCUACGGGUCUUGCACUCUCACCAGCAGAUGCAAGUCCAUCGCAGGAUCUUUGUUCCGUUGCCUUUGAUGCCACGUCCUUCGACAUCCUCUCCGUGUCCGCGGCCUUCAAGAAGCUUUGCUUCGAGAAUGGGUGCGAGGACAUCGCAGAUGGCAUGAGCAUCUUCGACUUGUCUCCAGGCAACCAUCCUAAUUCUCUGGCCGGCUACAUCCAGACCGCUGUGAACGCCCUUGAACCCGAGAAGUUGGAAGGAGACCUUCUGAUGAUUCGCGACCUGGAGCUAUUCGGCAAUACGAAGGUCGAGGCGGCUCUUCAAUUUCAGACGGACAAGAUGCUGGAUGCCAUUGUAGGCACCUUGCACAUCAAUCCUGCCCCACCGACGCUGAUGUUAACAGCGAUCAACUUGGCGAGAUUCUCUGGAAACGGACCUGUUCGCAGCUCAAAGGGUAGUGGAUGCUCGAAGAGCUCACACAGUUCCCGUCGCCGGAAAGGUGGUGCAAGCGGCAAGCAUGUUCGCCACGGUAGUAUUCUCGAUCUUCGGAAGCAGGCGAAGUUCGUGGCUACGUUGUGCAAACUCUUGACAAACGGCUGCAGGGUCGUAGUUGUGGCACUCUUUCUGCGGCUGCUUGCCAUUCAAGGCCCUCUGCUGAACCGUCAGAAUCAUCAGCUGCAUGCUUCGUUGGAUGUCUCCAACAUUAUCUCAUAUCCAAUAGUGCUCUUUCUGGUCAUGUUCCACCACAGGGCCAUUUCCUGCAGAACGUUGGAUGCUUGGUAUGUCCUGCUGCAAACGCUUUGCGUGAUUCCGUUACUUUGGACUGCAGCAGCAGAUGUCACCAGCGUCUCCCUCAUCACUUUGCUUCCUCGCGUGAUGCUGGGUUUGUGCCCGAAACAUGGGUGGCUUCCAUGUCUUGGGAACGUAGUUCACUGGAUCUUAGCUGUGAAACAGGUGGAGUUCCAAUUGCAAAGCGAUGUCUUUCUCGCGCAGUCAGCUGAACUCAUGCUGCUCUUCUCCGGCGUGUUCCCCCUCAGGCACGCACUCUACGAAAAUGUCAGGAUGAGUUUUGAGCUGAACACACGCACCAUUGAGCUCUCGGCGGUUUCGGGAUUGCUUCUCGGAUACUGUGAUGCAGUGGUCGAAGUUGAUAGCGGGCUGAAACUCACGGACGACUCUCGGCAGUUUUCCACAUUGCUUCUGCACGGGCAUGGCAUCUCUGCUGGAAGUUUGGCCGGUUUCGACUUCCUCAGCUUUUUCCAUGUGGACGACCGCGAACACAUCAGGAUGUCGUUGGGUGCGAAAAGCCAGAGCACGCAAGCCUUGGCUCUCAACGCUCGGAUGCAGGAUUGCUUGGGUAACUUCGUGAAAGUGGAGAUCUUGUUUACGUCCUUCCAGAAUGCUGAUGGCCAAGAGUGUCGCUUGGUCGGAAUGCGUGAGUUCCAGGACUUCAACUCCGUGGCUGUGCCUCUUCCUACGGGCCCGGCACACUCGCCUGCAGCGAGCCCUCCGGAGGACGCCUGUUCCGUUGCAUUUGACGCCACCUCCUUCGACAUUCUCUCCUUGUCCGGAGCUUUCAAGAAGCUUUGUCUCGAGAACGGAGCCGACGACAUUUCGGAGGGCAUGAGCAUCUUCGACUUGUCUACAGGCAACGAUCCCGACUCCCUCGCCGGCUAUAUCCAGACCGCUGUGAAUUCACUCGAACCUGAAAAGCUGGAAGGCGACCUCCUGCUCAUUCGCGAUGUGGUUCUCUUUGGCACGACCAAGGUCCAAGCGACACUUCAGUUUCAGACGGACAAGAUGUUGGAUGCGAUCAUAGGGAACCUAUGCAUUGACGCGACACCUCCGACAAUGACGCUGACAGCCACAAAUCUGGCAAAACUGAACGGGCACCGACAGCGUUGUGGCUCCAACAGAAGCCGAAGCUCGAAGAGCUCUCGCAGUUCCCGUCGGCGUCGAAGCGGUGAAACUGGCGAGCAUUUCUUUACAGCGCUGACUCUGGCUGUUCACCUCUACAAGUGCAUUCGACGGAAGGAGUUGCCAAAGUUCCUGCGCUAUGUGCGGGCAGCCUACCUCCGUUGCAGAGACAUGCUCGGCAGCGACACCCGGGAAGCCCGGGACAGAUGCAUGGAGAACCGAGUGAACAGGAAGUUCCAUGAGACACUGUGCAACCUUCUGGUUGCAGGAAGCAACCUCAUGGUGAUAGUCUUGUUUUUCCGAUUGAGACUUGGCAGCAGGAUGUCCGUGGAUGACGCAUCGUUGCGGAGCGUUUACCAAUGGCACCUGCUCACCAAUGCAGAUCAUCUGCUGUCUCCGGCCCUGGACAUCUCUAGCGUGGCCGGGUAUGCAGUGGUCCUUUUCAUGAUCUCAUUCAGGCAGCUCGUCACACCACGGAGCCUCGACCUGUGGUAUUUCGCGCUGCAGGGCUUGAACAUUUUGCCCAUUGCUGUGGCUGAUCCUGCCAACAUAGCCAGCCUCUCGCUGAUCACGCUCAUGCCACGCUUCUUGUGUGGCCUGUCACCGCGACAUGCAUGGUGCGCAGUCGUGGGGAACUUUCUCCAUUGGCUGCUGGCUCUUUAUCAAGUUGGGUUUCAGCUCAACUCGAGCACCUUCGCUGCGCAGUCGCUAGAGUUCGGCAUUGUCGUCGCCGGGAUUCUGGCGGUCCGACGGCAGAUGUACAUAAAUGUACGAACCAACCUCGACCUCAAGACCCGAACGAUAGAAUUGGAGGCAGUCUCCGGGCUUCUUCUUGGCUUCUGCGACGCUGUUGUGGAGGUGGAGGCGGAGACGCUGCAGCUCGCCGAGGACUCCCGACAGCUGUCGACGAUGCUUCUUCAUGGGCAGCGGCUAGACUCGGGUGGUUUGGCCGGCAGGAAUUUCCUCGAGUUCUUUUCUGAGGAGGACCGCGACCGCAUCAAGGACUCCCUGGGCACUGGCGGAUCGCAGACACUGGCCAUCAAUGCCCGAAUGCUGGACUCCCUCGGCAGCCACGUGAAGGUAGAGCUGCUGCACAUUCAAUUUCGCAACCCCGACGGCCAUUUGCGCCGUCUUAUUGGCAUGCGCGAGUUCCAGGAUUUGGCUUCUGUGGCGCCGGCCCUAUCGUCCCAACAGAUCCUGAGAAGUGAGGAAAGCCCGGCAGCAGCACCGGCUGCUCAGGAAGAGGUGUCCGUCAUGUUCGACGCCAACACAUUCGACAUCCUCAGCGUGUCGAAGGGCUUUCAAGCCUUGUGUACCUCGGUCGGGCAGGCCAUGGACUUCGAGGGGCUGAGCGUCUUCGACCUCUCCAAGGGGACCGGUCCGAAGUCCUUCAGCAGGCAGUUGCAAGAGGUUCUCCACGCCUACGACGAGAAAAAGCAGAGCAGCUUCGCCUUAGCUGGACUUGAUCUACUCGGAGCAUGUCAGCUGGAGGCUACUGUCACCUUCGCGGAAGACACGGUUCUUCAAAGCCUCGUGGGCACUCUCACAGUGAUCACUUUUUCGUCGGCAGCGAAGCUCACAGAGCGAAAUUUGGCAAUGCUGCCAAGCGGCGCAACACUGAAUGGGCGGCGCUUCCCGGCCCGGCUUGCUUGGCUAACACCGAUUUUUGUGACAUUCCCACAUGGAUGCGUCUUGUGCAUUUUGGACUUGUUCUGCUUUCGCGCACGGACGCUGAAGUUUAUCCUGGUCUCGGCAUUGCGCAUGAUGGACGUUGUCACGGCCUUCGAUGAGAUGGUGCAGGGCACCGGAAAAUUCGGCCACACUGCGCCGGGCCUCUACGUGGUGAACAACGAUUUCGCUGCGGCAGAGCGGUCUGCCUGGCACGGCCCCUGGGCGGAGCAGUCUUUGCUGGCUGCAGAGCGACUCUUGGCCAAGGCCUUUCCUAAAAUGCUCGUAGGUGGGCUUUCCAGCUUCAGCGUCCUGCUGGAUCCUCAGAUCCGAACCACCUCCGACAUCGCAGCGAAAGCUAUUUGCAGCAUGAUGCGCAAUGUGUAUCUGCUGAGAUGUUCACGCCAGGAGUGGCUGAAUGAGACGUACUACAAGCGUCACAUCGGCGGCUUUACCCACGUCUAUCCCGUUCCGGGCAUCUCAGCAAUGCUGCUUUCAUUGGUUCGGGUGUCGGGAGCUAUGUGUGACGACGAGAAGGUGCCGGGAGGACAGAUGGCUGAUGAUGCAAUCUCGACAGGCUUCAAGGAUUCCGUGGUUGAGAGAACGCUCGGUGGCGAUGCUCAGCAGAAGGAGGAUGAGAUCGCACUGUCGGGUCUCGAGGAGUACUUGUCUGCGGCGUUUGACGACGCAAUUUGUCAGGGCUCCGCGCCGGGCAGGCCUGUGGCUCCUCCAGCGGAGACAGAAUCUCGGCUGGAAACCAUCCCCGGGAUUCCUGGCUCUGGGCCCCUACUUCAGUUCUUGGACCGCGCUGCGUGUCGACACCGGCGCGGACCUGGGGCGCAGCUGGAGGGUCAUCCAGCUCUCGCUGCCGUGCACGAGGUCCUAAGCAAGAUCUCUGUGCCGGGUAGCGGGCGCUCGGGGCUGCCAGAGGCGGCCGUCCUGUGUGCCAGAGAGCGAGAGGCUCUCAAACAUCGUUUCUACCCAUUUGCACCGGGCGUUGCUCCAGAAGAGCUGGAGCAACUCCUCCUGAUACAUGCAUUCGAGGAUCUCCUGGCAAAAGCGCAGCCGGAGCGCAGCUGGUGCUGCGCCGACAGGAUCUGGCGGGAGCAGAUCCCUUCAAGCCUACUGGGUCAAACCCUGGAGGCCGCUCUGCGCUCUGAGCCCUUCGCAGAUGCCGCAUAUCUACCGCGGCAUGAUGCACUGCUCCUGGCGCUGCACCAUAGGGCGGCUCCUGGACGUGUACUUUGGCAUGCCUGGCAAGGGGACCUCCUUGCCAACCCACAGGACGCCAAAUGGCAGUCUUCUGUGCUGGUAACGCAUCCGACCUACAACGACUGGUCGCAGGUCCACGGGUCUGGUUUGGUCGCCUCCUCGACGCCAAAGAAGCUCCAGGUGAUUGAAAACAUGGAUGCGCGAGAGGUUGGCUACAAUGCCAUUGUAGAAAAACUAGCGUGUCCUCCGGACGGGUCUCUCAUCCUGGUCUCACGGAUGGAGUCGGGGAUCAGGCGGAGCUUCCCCGAGUUGGGGACAGGGCCUUUGACAGACAGGUUCCCUGCGGAGGCGACGAAGUCCAGGAGUAUGGCCCGCAUCUUCAAGGACAACCUCGUGUUUGGCAUGGUUGCAGACGAGACUUGGAGGCAGUGGCAGCUCGGCUUUCAGCAGGCAGCUGUGGAAAAAGCAGCUGCAGCGGCAGCGCAAGAGGAACCGCCAGCAGAAGAGGAAGCAGCGGAAGGUCCGCUCCUCCCCUUCGCUGAUUCGCAGCUGGGUGCCUUCUGGCUGGUGCUUCCGUCGAGUUCACGCGUCACGGCUCGGCCACACCAUGAGAGUGCCAGAAAACGAGGACUCCUGGACGAAGCAGCACGGGAUGGGAUGCCGCUGCCUUCCAUGGGCAUCACCAUGACAUACACCAUGGCAGAUGGCCAGACCGUCCAGGUGUUUAGCGAUGGCUCCAUCCAGAUGCUGCGUCCGGUCGAGGGGCGGCCUGUCUCUUCCCAGGAGAUGACCGGCCUUACCCCGUACUCGCCUGGCUGCGCAGCGGACAUGGAGGUUCUGCGGACGAUUACUCCGCGAGGAGCUCUUAUCCGGAAGCUUGCAUCAGGGCGCACGGAGGUCUACUAUGCUGACGGAACAACCUCCUUCCGCAACCCGACGCGAGAAGAACUCGAUCGCCAGCUGCAGGCGUCGAGUGCACCAAGCACGAAGCCUGAAUCUGCCCUGGUCAGCUUAGUGUUUGCAUUGACUGUAAUGGCUCUUGGUACCCGUGAGGCCUGCCAAAGCAAGCCCAGUUCGGCAAAAGAGUAUGCAGCUUGCGUGGACUUGCUGGAGGCUUAA